UACACGAUGCUGCACUGCUAUUAAGGCGCAUGCGUGCACAUGAAAUUCGUUAGAAAAACAGGAACUCUGAAUACUCCACGGUAUACGUAUACAUCGAUAACAUUCAUCGUCGUGGAUUGAUGGACAAAUAAAAGUUGUUCGAUGUGUAACGUGUUCUGAAUUUAUUACAAUGAAUGGAAAAUCAGGUACAGUGUAAAAAUAAAGUAUCGCGGUGAAUUGAAAUAAUCAGAUACGGUAUAGUAACAUACAUUCCAAAAAAGAUUGGGGCAUAAUAGUAGUAUCUGUACGUAAAGGCAUAUUUGCAUACAUAAAUGCCCUACAACUAAAAGGCAUACAACUCGACGCUAGACCGGUGAGUUCCAACACAAAAUAUUGCUUGGUAGUACGGCGGACACUCAAAGCCAACUAACCAUGUCUGUACAAAGUGUUGCUCUGGCAUCUCUCACGGCCACCUAUACCGACUCGGAGGGCGAAGACGGGGUGGAAGACGACCUUCAGGAGAAUUCGAACACUCCCCAGGGGGCCGCCCCGAAUAAUGCCCAAGUCGGUCAGCCCCAGGCUUUCACCAGUCCCAAAUCUGGCAGAUCAGCCUCAAAUAGUCCUGUCGUUGCUCCCAGCGUUGGUGGCAAGUCUAGUAACGAUUUGUCAAACGCACCCACCUUAGUGACAGAUGUGACAUCUAAGGUGCAAAGACUGGUUUCAUACUUUGAUGACACGAUAGUCUCCGAUGACGAGGGAGGGCUGCAAAUACAAAUCGACGGGCAGCCUUCUGAAAAUGGAAGGCCCUCCUCGAUUACAGACCGCUCUCCCUCUUGUCAAGGAGAAUUAGUUUCAGAUAGCGAGGUUGACACCUAUGGAGUGACUAUACCGCCGGAACCAUCAGGACAGUGUCCUGUGGAAUUACAGGAGAAGAUAACCAAACUUUUCAGGAAAAUGGAGAGCGGUGGUUUGGAUAUGAAUAAAGUUAUACAACAAAGGAAGGACUUCAGGAAUCCAUCCAUUUAUGAAAAACUUAUUCAAUUUUGUAGCAUCAACGAAUUGGGCACCAAUUAUCCUCUGGAUAGAUUUGAUCCGUUUAAAUGGGGUAAAGAUUCGUAUUACGAGGAGCUUGCUAAGGUUCAGAAAGCUGAAAUGGAUAAACUUGAAAAAGCUAGAAAAGAGAAAACAAAAAUUGAGAUAGUGUCUGGUACAGCGAAGCGGCCAAAUAGUUCUAGCACGACCGAGGACGAUGCUAAGAAAAGAAAAAGUAAAUGGGAUCAAGUGGCAACUGGAGCCACUGCCUCAGUAAAGCCUACCGUCUUACUAUCUCAACCGACGCUUACCACUUUAACGUCAUCCGCAACUGGUACCAAAGCAACGGUAAUAUCGGCUUUCGGAUCUUUACCAAAGAAAAGACUGUAACAUAUUUUGUAAAUCAUUUGUAAAUAUUAAUUCUUUCAAAAGCCAA